GACUGGGCUUCUCAAAGCGGAUUGCAAAUUGCUACCGAGCUAUGUGGCUUUGUGACCAUUUUAUCAGGAACCUUUCUCCUCCACAAGACAAAAGACAUGGGAAAUAGUACCAGCUUACGCGGUUCCACAACGCACUCGCCAAGAGACACUCCUGUCUUCAUAAAUUCAGGUUCCAGUCGCAGUUCCACUUCCACUAGGCCUUCAAUAUUAUAAUCCCAUAGGUCAUCAGAUGGUAGAUCAUCUAACGGCCUAGAACGAGGCAGCAAGAGCAACAAAAGCCUCAAAGAUAACUUUUUUUUGUGUGGGUGGAAAAGUAAGAAAACAGAGCAAUUGGGUUCUAAGGGUAUGAUGUUUUUUUGGAGAAGGGAAUGUUUAGUGAAUGAUUUGUUAGGGUGCUAUUUGAUUGAUUGCUUCAUGUUAUUUCAUUUUA